AGAAUACUGAAUCGAUGCGCCGAUAACCAUACCUCACGAUGGCGGAGACAGCGCCACUCACCAGUGCGCAUAACCACGCUCACCGAGCGGCACAAGAGUUCCAAAAGGCGCAUCGGUCGCAGGCCGCGGACGAGCAUAAACUCGCCUCGUCGGACUUUGCUCGCGCAUCAAGAGGCACAACUGAUUCAGAGGCUCUCCGAGUGUUGAAACUGCUGGAAGAGCAGCAUCGUAAACUCGCGCAGAUUAUUCGGAAUGAGGAAACUUCGCAGCCUGAAGUGCCACAGGAUACUGCGAAGACGGUAGCGUCGGGGUCACAGCCUGGAGAAUCGACCACUAAAGCAACAUCUCCGGACCCCGCAAACGCCGCAACGAAAACGCGGCAGUCCGCUCCCAGCUUGGCGAGCACUCGCGUUGGCAGCCAGCAACGUGACUCUUCUCCGUCUUUAGCUCGUGAGAUGGCUUCGCGACGUGGUAUUCCCCAACCGGGAAGAACGGUCCAAUUCCCAGCGGCGCAGGCGCGACAACAGUCACCGGAGGCGAACCGAACGCCGCGGACUCGCAGCACCACUCAGAUACCGGCGCCAAUCGUGGACAGCCAGGCAGACCUUCUACAAGCCAGGCGAGCCAAGAAAAUGGCGGACGACGAAGGGUUUGCGAAGUUCUACAGCAAUAUCACUACGGGCACGAUGUCGAAACUUUCUUCCGUCUUGGCCUAUGCUGGUCUACCGCUCACCGCAGAGGAAACGUCGCCGGAGCAGAAUGUGAAACAUCGACCGGACAGGGGGACAGUGAGGGCAAGCAACGAUCCUGAUGUCAAGAAGAUCUUCUCCAAAGCAGCUUUGGAAGCCAUCGAAGAUGAGCAGCGACGCCGCGGUACGCUUGGCCACGGCUUCGGUCCCGCAGAGAGCUUCUACGUCGUACAGAAAGGUGGCGGAACCUACUCGUACGCCGACAUUGCACGCAGCCAUCAGCAACGUGAGCUUAGUGUUGAUGAUGAUGAGCCCCAAUUCGUCGACGCAAAGGAAGUGCAAGGCCCGACAUCCCCGAAACAGAAUCGAUUUUCCCAGCGGGGCUCCUUUGGUAGUGCCAAGACGAACGAGGAGCUGGAUCUCGAAAACGCAACGCUCAAGCAGACCCUACAGGAUCUCGCUGUGCGGUUGGCUGCAUUCGAAGCGCACGCACAAGAUGCUUCGUUCGCUGCAUUAACGCAGAGUGUGGCCAAUCUGCGACCGCCUGGAACAGCAACCGCAGCAGCACCGGAUGCAUCGCUGCAGGAACGCAUUCAGCAGCUGGAGAAGCAAGUCGAAGGUCAAGCAGAGGAGCGGCAGAGGCUGGAGAAUUUGGCUGCAAAGCAGGACAGGAGCCUCCGGAAGUAUCAGGGGAAGUUUGAAGAGUUGAAGAAGAGUGCGAGGGAGAAGGAUAAGGCGCGGAAGGACAAGGCUGCGAAGGAGGCAGAAGUUGCGGGCGGGGAGGUGCCGGAGGAGGGAUGAUGACGAGUUGGCACACUCAUCCUGGAGUGCUUGCCGAUAUGUGAUCAUGACCUACGAAUUGUUAUGCUCUUCCAUAUCUCGUUUUGAAAUCGACUAUGCCAUGAAUUAACGUGG